AUGAAUUGCCCUUUGGAAUAUUAUCCAAAAGAGCAUAAUACGAGUGGAACAAUUCACCAAUUACUUCUUUGUAAAAAAAAGGAGUUAAUUGAAGUAUAUAUUGAUGAAUAUCCUGAAAGUAUUUUUGAGAAAGAUAAACAUGGAACGAGUUUGAUUGGGAAUUGUGUGUCUAUUGGGAAUGAAGAAUGUUUAAAAAUGUUAAUUAAAAGAGGAUGUAAAAUGAAUGAAAAAAAUAAUAAAGGAAUAACCCCAUUGUUUGUUGCACUUCAUAAAGGAAAAAAAAAGAUUAUUGAAUUACUUGAAGAAGGCAUGAAAUUAAAUUGGACAUCAGUUGAAUUGAUUCAAAGAGAUGUUAAAGGAUUUUGUAUCAUGCAUUAUUUAGCACAAACAAAUUAUUUACUAGAAUGGUAUAAAAAAUAUAAACUAAAUCGAUUUAUUGAAGAUCAAGUUAAUGUAUAUAAAGCAACUCCAUUAUUUAUUGCUGCUCAAUAUAAAAACAGUAAAGCAAUAAAUGAAUUAUUAACACUUGGUGCUAGUCCAAUGAAACCUAAUAUUUAUGGUCAAAUACCACUUAUGAUUUCAUUAGAAAAAGGAGAUAUUGAAAGUAUUAGAUUAUUAUUUAAAGGAUUAACCAAUAAUGCAUAUUCUGAUAAAAAAGGAAGACAAUUAAUUCAUUAUGCAAUUAAAAGUCAUAAAAUUGAAAUUGUUGGUGAAUUACUUAAACUAUAUGGAUAUCAAGAGAACAGUGUUAUUUGUUUACAAAAUUGUUUAUAUGAAAUUCAAGAAAGUGGUAAGUUUAAUGGAUUUAAUGAGUUAAUGAAAAAAGAACUUCAUCAAAUGGAAAUUGAUUUUAAUAAACAAAAUCUUUGUGAUAAUGAUGGAUUUCAUUUAAUUUAUUAUACCAUUUAUUAUGACUUUCCUGAAUUAAUACAAUUAAUAUGUAUUUGGGAUAAGGAAGCAUUAAAAAGAAGAAUUUAUAAUGGAUGGACACCUCUAUUAUAUGCAAGUAGUUUUGGAAGGAAGUCAUGUUUAUUAACAAUAAUAAAAAUUCUAGGUAAAAAUUGUUUAUUAGAUAAAGGGAAUGAAGGAGAAAAUGCAUUACAAUUAGCUUGUUAUUAUAAACAUUAUGACAUUGUCUCUGUUUUAUUAGAACAAGAAAUAGAUUUAAUUCAUCAAGUAGAUAAUUAUAAGAAUAAUAUAUUUCAUUAUACUGUGUCUGGAGGAGAACGUAAUAUUCUUAGAAUGUUAUAUGAUAAAAUAAAAGAAAAGAGUAUGAUUAAAGAAAUUAAUAGUUAUCAACAGAAUGUACUUCAUAUAGGUAGUUUAUCAGGAUGCUCUUCUAUAACUUUAGAAUUAAUAAAUAAAUAUAGUGUUAACCCUCAACAAAUAGAUCAAUAUGGGAAUAGUCCAUUUCAUUAUGCCGUUCUAGCUAAUAAUUCAGAUACAUUUUUGGUUAAUUUAUUGAAAAGGUAUUACGCUGAUAUUCCUCAAGAUCAUCUUAAAAGGACACCUUUACAUAUUGCUUGUUGUUGUGGAAAUUCUUAUAUUAUUCCAGUACUUAUUAAAAAAUAUCCAUCUUGUAUUAAUACUCAAGACUCAUUCCUUAAAACUCCACUUCAUUAUGCAGUAGCAAUGAAUCACCCUGAGUGUGUUGAUAUUUUAAUACAAAACCAUUGUAAUACAACUAUCAUUGAUUCAAAAGGAAAAAGAGCGAUUGAAUAUGCACAAUGUAGUUAUUGUAUUUGUCGUUUAUUAAAUAGAGAUCCUCUUUGUAUUAAAAAGUAUAUUAUUACUGAAAGAGAUAAAGAGUCAAUGAACAUUUUUUCUGUUGGAACAAUUGUACGAGUUGUGUUUCAAAAUAAUAAUAACCAAAUGUUCAUUUUAUAUGAAAAUAAAUUAACACAAAUUCAUUUAAUAAGUUAUAAAAAAAUUCCUUUAAAUCCAACAGAGAAACAACAACUUCUUCAAUUAUCACAUCAAUUUAAAAUUAAUUUAGUGUUUUAA